UCUCCACAUCUUUCGGUCUUCUGCUCUCUCCCCUCCCUCCUUAGGGCUCCCUCCUCCCGCUCCCUCCUUCCUUCCUUCCCUCCCUCUCUCUCUCUCUCUCUCGCUCUCUCUCAGUCAUAGGCAGACAUGUGCUUGCCGUGCCAGCAGACUGAUUUAACCCUCUCCUCAGAAUAACUGAUGCACAGACAGAUGUCUUUCACUUCCCCUCCUUGACCCCCCUAACUAUCUCCCUCUUUCCUUUUCCCUCCACAGUAGCUCUAUUCAUUAUUUCUCCUCCUUUCCGUUCCUCUCUUCUUAUUCUCCCCUGCAGUUUUCCCUGCUCAGACAGCUAUAAAGAAUUGUCCUGUAGCAGAGCUUGUGUAAUUGCUGGCUUCACAGGCACAUGAGAACAGGAGCCCCUGCUUCAACACCGGCCCAAUAAGGAAUACCAAGCACUGGACUGAACAACACAGCGUUGGAGGGAAGGACAAAGCAAAAGACAUACAAAGAAAAACAGGCCACCUUUUCUAAACUCCAAGGAAGAAGGAUACAAUACGGAAUACAAGGAGUGUCAGAAGGAGAGAAGAAACAGUGUGAGGAGUACAGGAAGAGUUAAGUGUUAGACCAUGCCUGGCUGUCAUGUCCGGACACCGCUGGUGCUGGUGCUCUGCAUGCUGGUGCUGUCCUGUGGGUCAGGAGGCGCCCGACGGAUCAGGAAGAGAGGGCUUAACCAAAAGGUGGGGGUUAGAGCUGAUAUGAGUACCUAAACUGUUGCUGCAGCAAUACAGGUGUGUGUGUGUGUGUAUGUGUGUGUGUGUGUGUGUGUGUGUGUGUGUAAAGAGGAAGGGAAAGCCUGGUGGAAAUACAAUACAUACUCUGUUUUAGCAGGGUGGCAGAGGGGUGUAGUUUGAAGGUUUCACACUUAAAACAGUUUUGGGGCUGAGGUGAGACGCGGGUGUUAACAGUGGUGUGACUAUGUCUCUGUUGAAGUGCUCAGUAGAGGUGUGUAUGUCUGAAGAUAAACGUACUAUGAGGACAGUUGAGAGAGGGAAACUGUAUAAUUUGACAUCUGAAGCCAUGUGACGUGCUUGAAUUCUAUUUUAAAACUCUCACAAGACUACAAAAUAGAAGGUACAGGGUGUAUGCAUGUGUGUACAUUUGUGUGUGUGUGUCUUUGUUUGUGUGUGUGUGUGUGUGUGCGUGCCUCUGUAUGUCUAUGUGCGUGUGUGUGUGCAUGCACGUGUGUAUGUAUGCAAGUGUGCAUGCGUGUGUCUGUGUGGUACGUGUGUAUGUGUUUGUGUGAACCUGGUGUAAAGGAUGUUGGGGUUAUUGGGGCAGGAACUCAGUGGGCCUUAGCUCGUUAACUCAGCUCAGUGCAGGUUUGAUUGAUCAUAGCUAACGAGGGCCAGUGCACUAUGGUGCCCCUCUCUCUCUCCCUCCCCCCCUCAUUCUCUCUCACCCUCACUCCCUCAAGACGGAUGGCCAAACUGACAUUCUUCAAGGAUGCUGCUUCAAAGCCACUUUAAUUGGAACAUGCUGAGGUGGCUGUGGCCUUCCUUCAUUCUCCUUCUCCCUCCAAGCCUUCCACUUCCAUCACUCUCCAUUCACAACUCUAUGGCACCAGCAUGGGCAACACCUGUUGCCUUCCCUUGCCUUUCUUUCUUUGUUUGAAAAGGCCAGUAAUGGUUGCAGGAUGUUAGGUGAGCUUAUCCGACUAGUUUAAAUAUUUGAGUUCUCUUACCGUACAGUGGAUGACAGUCGGUCAGAUUUCAGGUUUCAAGUUGUAUUAGUCGUACAGUAUGUACGGGAUACUCAUGGUAUACAUCGUCCAACGAAAUGGUUCCUUCUUGACAAUGCAACAACAAUAAGAAAUAAUAAAAUAUAAACAUAAGAUCAUAAAGUAAAUGGCUCAGUAGAAUAUAAUAUUUGUUGUUGCAUAAUUAUAAUACAGGAAGCCACAAUGUAUAGUCCAAUAUUUACAUGUGUAUUGGGAAGGGGAGUGUGGGGUUCAGUAUAUAAACUGAGCAGUGUAAUAAGUGUCUGGUAGCAGCAGUGAGUGAUGUGUGUGUAGCGUGUGUGUGUGUGUGUUUGUGUGGAUGUGUGCAUGAGUGAGAGCAUGUGUGCUAAGGUGCGGAGAAUCAAAGCAGGUGGUCAGUCCAGUUCAAGUGUUCAGCAGUCUGGUGGCUUGUAGAUAGAAACUGUCUCUGAGCCUGUUGGUAUCAGACCUCUUGCUCUGAUACCGUCUGUCCGAUGGUCAGGGAGGAACAAAGACGCAAAUGUAGUAUUCCAGAUCUGGGAGGCUGAGAGAUAAGUGUGUAGCUUCCAAUUCAUGAUCCAGAAGUGUUUGUCGGUCGGAAAUUAUUGCACGGACAUUCUGAGCAAACAAAGUCGAGCAGGAACCGUCAAAACGCACACCCUCCUCAGCGCUGCAAUCUUAUCUUGUCACCUAGGCCAAUAGGCGUAGUGGUCAAUAGGUCAAUAGGCGUAGUGUAGUGUUGGCUCAGAUUAGUCCAGGACUGGGGCACUGGGUCAAAUCCUUCUGGCACUUUGCUCUGCUGUAAUUGCAGCUUAAACUGCAAAGAUCAUAAGUGCCUAAGUUAUUGAGUGAGAUGACUCAAAUUAAUUGGACCGUUUAAUUAAAUGAUUUCAUGCCAUUGCCAGGCAGCCCCCAGUGACCCCUCUCCAUUAGAGUGACCACAGAGUGGUGUUUAAUGGCUGAGGCAGGAACUCAGUAUUGACUGUAUUGACACCUUGUUGUGAGGCCAUUUAUAAGCUAUUGUCAAUAUCAUUGCUGCCUGGGCCAAAAACUUGGCCUGUCAGUUGCCAGAAACCACUGCCAUUAACCUAAGAUGUUUUGCCCUUGUCAUUCAAUCAUCACACAGCUUUUAAAGCCCUGGCAUCUUUCUCAUAUAAACCCUUCCAGUGUGCUCAGUCUUAGCAAUAGCAGCACUAUGGUUUCAUGAAGGCUGUGUGAGGAGUGGAGGAGUGACAGACAGUCAUGCAGAAGACUGACCACAGAGAAACAGAGCAUGGUCAUUGUCACAGAGGGGCUCCUGUGUGAGAGCAGCAGACAGAGACAGAGACAGAGGAGGAGGCAGGGGAGAGAUGGGAGAGGUGCAGGAGGCAGAGAGAGGGGCUGCAGAGGGGCACAGGGUGGAGCUCUCUUUCUCCCUCCAGACCAGCAAAGUAGAAUGAGGAGCUGGCCAGCACAGUCAGAAACAUGCAAACAUUCUGUUAGCGUGGGGAGAGCAUUUCAAUAACCACAGCUGCCACUGCUUAGACAGCACCCAGAGAAUGUUGAUGCAAAAUUUGGAGUAACACUCCUGUUAUUGUGUCCCAUCCAGGGGGAUAUUGUCUGCUUCUGACAUGUGUCCGGGCAUGUUCAUGAAGUUCUGAACUGUACUAAAUCUGUUCAGUUCCAUUUAUUUCCCUUGCUGUGGACAGGCUUUUGGAAGGCUCUGAAAUUAGACUGUGCCUGCAGAUACUCAGCAACUCCUUGGCCUUCCUGUUCUGUUUCUGUUCUGGGCCGUCUGCCUCGGCCUCUCUCAGCCUUUUAUGUCCUCCCCAGGUGAUUCUCACAUCUCUGUUUAGCAUCUCACAGCUACAGCACUUUAUCCAUGGGAGCUAUAUUGGAAUGAAUCCCAUGGGAUUGGGCUGUCUGUGUGCUAAGACGUCAGAACGAACGAGAUUGGAACAUGCAUCCUAAUUUUGAUCAUUCCAGUAUGGCGGCCAAGUUCAUAUUCAGUAUAGGCUAUUCCAAGAUGGCUGGACUCAAUAUAGGAGAUAAUUCCUCUAUUGUAGCCAGUAAAUACCAUUCUGUCUAUGAGUAUGACAAAAAUCUAAAAUAUUCGUAACAAAUACAAAAUAUAUGUCCUUGCCAUACAGUAAUAUAUUGGAAAAAACAUUCUGGAAGAAAUCUACGGGAGGUAAAGUAUGUUUCAUACUUGUUUUGAGUAAACUGCUGGGUAGGUCAGAGUUAAUACACUUAGCCCACUGGCAGAGGUUGUCAGGUGAUGUGAACUUUGAUAGGCAUUCGGAACGUUAAUCCCAGUCAGAUGAUGUGAGCAUGGUCUGGACAUUACUGUACACCAUCAACUAGAUUCAGCCACAGGACAAUUUUUUCGUGAGUGGAUGGUCAGGGGGCCGAAACAUAACUACAAAUAAUUUGCAGACUGCAAAUUGACCGCAAUAAGCUCAAACAGAUAUAAUAUUUGACUAAAACCUAAUAAUUUAGGUUUUAUAAAGAGAUGGAGUGUAGCCAGCAUUUGUCUGGCUACACUCCAUCUCUUUAUACACUAAGGUCAGACCCUGCCAGCUGUCAGUCAGAGUCGGUGCAGGAAAUGAACUAAGUGCCCAGGGGCCACACAAAGUCUAUAGCAAGGCUGGUUUAGAGACCUUUCACGGUGCAGGAGAUCUCUGCAUGGAAAGGAGGCUGGAUAAUGGAUAUAGUUGUAUUACAUGAGAAAGGAGGAGAUACCAAUCUAAAUAGCAUGGCCAAUGCAUAAGUAUGACUAGCAUGAAAUAAUCAGUGCAAUCCAUUCAAGCUGUAUGACAGUAUCACAUUGCACAUAGUCACUGGAGAGGCUGCAUGGUGUGCUUCCUGGAGUUCUAGGAAUCAGGAAGUGUCUGAUCUAAGAACUAGAUACAGUACAGACCUCAAUGGCCGGAUCACAGUUUACAUCGCAGUCUGGAGCCAAAUGAGGUCUCUGAUUGCUUCAGACCACAGCUGCAGCGCUCAGCUUUGAAAUCGCUGCUCUGGAAGACAAUGCUCCCAGUAAACACCGGUAUAACAGGGCUGCCGGCAUCUCUGUGGCCCAGCAGGAAGAUACCAAUAAACAAUAAAUAAACAAUGUGGGACUGAACAUCAAACAGACGCAUGCAGCACGACACAGUGCAGGGCAGGGCAGCUUGGCACUCAGACAGCCAGACUGAUAGACUGACAGACAGGAUCCAGACACUACUUCCUUUGGUACUGAGAUCUGAAGGGAAAUGAUGGGAACUGAGUAUAUAAUGAACCAUGGUCACUGUAGCUCACAUUAUCCAUUCACAGAGAUAAUCAGUCUCACUCUUGUACUUUAAACCUGGAGUUGCAUUUGUAAAGAUACAGGAUGACAUGAGGAUGAAAGUGAAUGGCCUACUUUGCCUCCCAUAAUCAUAUCUGUUUAUAGGAUUAGAAUAAUUUUGUAGACCUAACAGCAUUGUGACAUCUGAUUGGCUUCUCUUUGACUUUUCCACUGGUUUUGAUAUACUAUAGGUUAGGUUAAUAUAACUAGGCCUAGAAAGCCUCAGGAGACAGACAGUCAGAAGAUCUGAGAGAUGCUUGUUCCAAUCUGGCCAAUGUGGACCACAGCUGCAAAAAGCAUACAUUCUCAGUAUGAAGAGAAACUUGAUGAAGCCAAAAGCUCAAAAGAUUAACUUUGAGGAAGAUGAAUCACUGUAAAGUACAUAAACAAUCUGGAAGUGGUCCUAAGACGUAGUCAAUUGGCAUCAAAUCAGGAUCAAUACCCUAACCAAGGCACAGUCUGAGCACGUUACUGUGGUCACACUGACAGAGAGGGCCAGAAUGUAGUGCCCCUGUGUGUUGCCACGCCAAAGCCACAAGUUGAUUCAGUCACUGAGCCAUGGUGAGACCCAGCACCCCACCCACCAGGCUGGCAGCUGACGGAGCGAAUGAUUUGUGUGUUUAUUACAAACACGCAUUCUGUGUGUCACAAACACCAAUGCCAAACAUCUGCUUUCAUUUUUACGGUUGAUUUGGAAGAGCAGUUGCUUAGUUUGCCAUCGCGUGCAGUCUGUAAGCCCGUUAACUAAUUAGUGAGAGGGGGAAAAACUCUCUGAGGGCCCCGACACAGUCUCUCUGUCAGGGAUAAUAAGGACAGGGACCCCCUACCCAGGCUGGCAGGGCAUCCACUUCAUGAGCAGCAGGAUGCACACCUGAAUUUAUAGUAUCCGGUCUGGAGCUCCAUGCUAUAGAUGGGCUUUGGUUUUCUCUUCGCCAGCCAAUGUGGAACAUUUGCAUUCUGAUUAACUACUGCUGGAUGAAGGAUGAUAGAGGAGAGGAAUUUGCAUUGGCAGCGUGAGCCUCCCAGAUUGAGUCUGGUUGGCACCGUACAAUACCUCAACUGCAACUGGAAACCUGACCUCACUGUAUCUGCUGCUGGGCCAGAGCAACUCCUCUGUGGAAUAACACUAGAAAAUAUGAGGAAAGUGCCUCCCUAGCCUCAUGGUUAAAUGCACAUCACAUACAGUGACCACAAACCUAAAUAAACCUGUGUUUGACCUAUGACCUCCUCCAGAGCUCACAGGAAGUGCAACCUCUAAUGGGCGAAGUUCACAACAUGGGUGCAUGGAAAUAGUUGUAGUUUAUUGAACCGAACAAAGCACUAAGCACAGCCAUGGCUGUAAUACAGAUCUGAUUAAGUAAGUGUUUCACAAGCUCUUUACAAGCAAAUCACAGACCACCACUGUUCAGGAGAGGUGGAGAAUGUGUGUGGGUUUGAGGCAGGCAGGACCUCCUUGACAGUAUAUCACGUGCCCUCCUUUCACCCCUUAUUGACUUACUCUUCAAUUCUUCAUCCCUCCACAUGUUUAGAGUCCAGGUCAAGGUGUUUACUAACAGGCAUGACAGCUACAUAACACUGAAAACAUAACAAAUAGAACAAGCUGAUGGAAAAUGUUGCAUCAAGUAUGUUACAAAAAUCAGUUACUGCCACCUGCUGGUCAAAGGGGUAGGAGAAGCACACGUAUCACUAUUUAUCUUUGUAGUUGUAGGCCUACCAGGCAAACCUCCAAACGAGCUUCAAUGCCAUACAACACUCCUUCAGUAGCCUCCAACUGCUCUUAAACACUAGUAAAACUAAAUGCAUGCUCUUCAACCGAACGCUGCUUGCACCCGCCCACCCGACUAGAAUCACUACUCUCGACGGGUCUGACCUAGAGUAUGUGGACAACUACAAAUAUCUAGGUGUCUGGUUAGACUGUAAACUCUCCUUCCAGACUCACAUUAAGAAUCUCCAAUCCAAAGUUAAAUCUAGAAUCGGUUUCCUAUUUCGCAACAAAGCCUCCUUCACUCAUGCUGCCAAACAUGUUCUCGUAAAACUGACUAUCAUACCGAUCCUUGACUUCGCCGAUGUCAUUUAGAAAAUAGCCUCCAACACUCUACUCAGCAAAUUGGAUGUAGUCUAUCACAGUGCCAUCCGUUUUGUCUCCAAAGCCCCAUAUACUACCCACCACUGUGACCUGUACGCUCUUGUUGGCUGGUCCUCACUACAUAUUCGUUGCCAAACCCACUGGCUCCAGGCCAUCUAUAAAUCACUGCUAGGCAAAUCCCCGCCUUAUCUUAGCUCAUUGGUCACCAUAGCAACACCCACCCGUAGUCUGCGCUCCAGCAGGUAUAUCUCACUGGUCAUCCCCAAAGCCAACACCUCCUUUGGCCGCCAUUCCUUCCAGUUCUCUGCUGCCAAUGACUGGAACAAAUUGCAAAAAUCUCUGAAGCUGGAGACACUUAUCUCCCUCACUAACUUUAAGCAUCAGUUGUCAGAGCACCUUACCGAUCACUGCACCUGUACACAGCCCAUCUGAAAUUAGCCCGCCCAACUACCUCAUCCCUAUAUUGUUAUUUAUUUUGCUCAUUUGUACCCCAGUAUCUCUAUUUGCACAUCAUCUCUUGCACAUCUAUCAUUCCAGUGUUAAUACUAAUUGUAAUUAUUUUGCACUAUAGCCUAUUUAUUGCCUUACCUCCAUAACUUGCUACAUUUGCACACACUGUAUAUAUACAGUGAGCUCCAUAAUUCAUUGGACAGUGACAAUUUUUUUGUUAUUUUGGUUCUGUACUCUAGCACUUUGAGUUUGAAAGGAUACAAUGACAAUGAGGGUGAAGUGCAGACUGUCAGCUUUAAUUUGAGGGUAUAUUCAUACAUAUCGGAUGAACCGUUUAGAAAUUAUAGAAGCUUUUGUACAUGGUCCCCCCCUUUUUCGGGCAUCAAAAAACAUUGGACAGUUUAACAUAAUGUAGAAUAAAGUAAUCAUUGUUAAUAUUUGGUCGCAUAUCCUUUGCAUGCAAUGACUGCUUGAAGUCUGCGAUGCAUUGACAUCACCAGACGCUGGGUAUCUUCCCUGGUGAUGCUCUGCCAGGCCUGUACUGCAGCCAUCUUCAGUUCCUGCUUAUUUUGGGGACUUAUUGCCUUCAGUCUCCUCUUCAGCAUGUAAAAUGCAUGUUCAAUUGGAUUCAGAUCCGGUGAUUGACUCGGCCAGUCAAGGAAUUUCCACUUUUUGGCCGUCAAAAACCCCUUUGUUGCUCUAGCAGUAUGUUUAGGGUCAUUGUCUUGUUGCAUGAUGAAGUGCCGUCCAAUGAGUUUGGAGGCAUUUGGUUUUAUCUGAGCAGAUAAAAUAUUUCUAUAGACUUCAGAAUUCAUUGUUCUACUUCUGUCUGCAGUCACAUCAUCGAUGAAGACAAGUGAGCCUGUUCCACUGGCAGCCAUACAGGCCCAAGCCAUAACACCCCCUCCACCAUGUUUCACGGAUGAGGUGGUAUGCUUUGGAUCAUGGGCAUUUCUUUUUUUUCUCCACACUUUCCUCUUUCCAUCACUCUGGUACAUGUUAAUCUUUGUCUCAUCUGUCCACAAUACUUUUUUCCAGAACUCGUGGCUCUUUUAGGUGCUUUUUAGCAAACUGUAAUCUCGCCUUUCUGUUCUUCAGGCUUAUCAGUGGUUUGCAUCUUGUAGUGUACCCUCUGUAGUCCUGCUGGUGUAGUCUUCUACGUAUGGUAGACUUUGACACAUCUACACCUGCAUCCAGGAGAGUGUUUUUGAUCUGUUGGGCUGUUGUCAGGGGGGUUUUCUUCACCAUAGAGAGUAUUCUCCGGUCAUCCACUACAGUGGUCUUCCUCGGUCUACCGGGUCUUUUGACAUAAUUGAGUUCACCGGUUGUUUUUUUCUUGUUAAUGAUGAACCAAACUGUUGACUUGGGCAUGGCCAGGGUUUUUGCAAUGUUCCUGAUUGAUUGAUUUUCAUUUCUGAGCCUUAUGACGGCCAGCUUCAUUUGCAUCGACACUGCUGUCUUCCUCAUGUUCACACCACAACAACAACCUCCAAAGGCAAUAGCAAAGUCUAGAAUCAAUGCUAUUCAUCAACAGCUCUCCUGCAUUCACUAACGACACAAAUGAAUACACCUGCCUAACGACACACAUCUGUGAAGCCAAUUUAACAAAUACUUGUAGUACCUUAAAAUGGGGGGACCAUGUAUAAAAGGUGCUAUCAUUUCUAAACAGUUCAUCCGAUAUAUAUGAAAAUACCCUCAAAUUAAAGCUGACAGUCUGCACUUCACCCUCAUUGUCAUUGUAUCCUUUCAAACUCAAAGUGCUAGAGUACAGAACCAAAAUAACAAAAAAAUUGUCACUGUCCAAUGAAUUAUGGAGCUCACUGUAUGUAUUUCUGUUGUAUUUUUGACUUUGUUUUGUUUUACCCCCAUAUGUAACUCUGUGUUGUUGUUUUUAUCGCACUGCUUUGCUUUAUCUUGGCCAGGUCGCAGUUGUAAAUGAGAACUUGUUCUCAACUGGUUUACCUGGUUAAAUAAAGGUGAAAUAAAAAAUAAAAUAAAAAAAACUAUAGCUAUUAUGUUAGAAAUGAUCCAGGUCUCUUUAUAUUUUAGUCUCAGGAUAGUAGAUUGCACAUUUCUGUGCAAACAAUAAAGUAAUUCUCUUAUCUCAUCUCCUCUCAGGACUAUGAGUAUCCGAACCAGCAGUCCCAGUCCACACAGCACCAGAAGAACGACCGCUGCCCACCCCCACCUCAGAUGCUACCGGAGCGGGCCUGUGAGGUGCCCGGCUGCCGCUCUGACUCAGAGUGUGAGCGCCACAAACGCUGCUGUUACAACGGCUGCAUCUACGCCUGUCUGGAGUCAGUGCAGCCCCCACCAGGUAAGCACCAUAGAUCUAGAAUACAGUACACAAAACCGUACUUAUUGACCCAUAUGACAACACACAUGGUCAUACAUAGCAUGGGCAUGGUUCUAACCAUUGGCACAAGGAUAUGCAGUAAAAUACUGACGAUAUCAUUAGGAUCAAACUUACCAAUGAUGUGUGUUUGUGUUGAUCAGUGCUGGACUGGCUGGUUCAACCCAAGCCUCGGUGGCUGGGAGGGAAUGGCUGGCUUCUAGACGGUCCAGAGGAGGUACUGCAGGGUGAGUAGCCUGGAACCAUUAAACCCACCUGAACUCUACAUCAUCAGUGUGUGUGUUUAGUUGACCUCUGACCUGUCCCCCCCUGCCCUCUAGCGGAGGCAUGCAGCACCACAGAGGAUGGUGACGAGCCCCUUCACUGUCCCACGGGCUACGAGUGCCACAUCAUCAACCAAGGAAACCCCGCCGCUGGCAUCCCCAACAGGGGACAGUGCAUCAAGUCACGUGGUAACUCUGGUAAGGUCAGAUUCAGUCAACACUCAUUCGAUGUAGUUCUAAAAACUGCCAUAAACACUAACUGGAGGGGCUCUUUCUCUUCCAGAUGGACGUCCCAUGAGGCAAAAGUCCUACAAGGACUAUAAAGAUUACUUGGGUAGGUGUGGUGAUCAACUGUCCUGUAUAUGCCAUAAUUAUACUGCAUUUGGAUCUACUGCUGGGGUCUCUUUUACACGCCUGUCAUUUCUCCACCAUAGGAACUGGAAGUAGCUCUAAUAAUGCAGUGGCCUAUGAGAAACACCACCACAAAAAUCUGGGAUGAGGUAGGUUUUACUGGGAUAGAAAACUAGAUCUUGAUGGCAUUUAGAAAAACAAAAAGACAGAAUAUAGUCUAUAUUAGUUGCUAGGGCUGAAAAUUGCCAGGGACCUCACAUACGUAUUACGAUUUGAUUUUCCAAAGAUACUGCUCUCUAUGUCUGUUGCAGAGACAAGAGAGAGCAUAAGUAUAUUUGUUUUGAUCAGACAUGGAAAUUAAAUAGCUGAAAACAUGUUGGCUCACUAUUUAAAAAGAUGGAGAAGAAGCUACAGGAUUUUGUUUUACAAAUCGACACUUGGAGUCAAAGUAACGAUAUAAUAUUGUCCAAAAUAAUAUUGCGCUAUGUAACUGUAUCGAUUUUCCACUCAUCACAAUUUUUUGCCUAUGCCAGAGCUAUCAAAGGACAAUCUAACAAUCUAUAAUAACAAUUUCUGACAAUAUCUGACAGAUAGUUAAAUGCUGGUACUCAUCACAACCGAUCAAUGACUUUCUCAUAUCCCUCCUUAGAUCAUCAGAUACCUCUCCACAGAACCUCAGCUAUCAGAGCCCAGAUACCAAACCUCUCCACUCAUCAACAGAACACAGCAGAACACAACCAAACCAGACCUGACCUGGUAACCUCACGGUGCUUUACAUUUCUCAUGUCUGGCCUGGGAAAAGGAUGAAAACAAGCCUACAUUUCCUACCUCUUCUCGAACUGGUAUACUCAUGAUCCAGGCAGGGUUAACACAUAAUACACUACUUUGAGAGAUUUACACACACACGGAAACGUGUUGUGAUUUAGUCAUGGGUAAGGAAUAAUGGCGUUAUGGUUGAAGCAGAGAAAGGUAUAAGACACAUUAAACGUCAAAGCACUUUUCUUUCCAUCUCAAACUGGGAAGAAAAAGAAAACCAUGACAUUAUUCUAUACACAAUUUCUAUAGAUCCACUGCAAAACACCCCACAACCAGACACACACCUGCCACCUAGGUAGCCCAAUUCUGAUCUUUCUCCCACUAAUUGGUCUUUUGACCAAUCAGAUCAGCUCUGAAAAAUAUCUGUGAAAAGAUAUGCGAUUGCUCAGAACUAGUGUAAAAAAGAUCAGAAUUGGACUGCCUGUGUAAACCCAUUGAAUCCUAAUCUGAGGCCCAUUGAGGGCUGGUCAACAGGAAAUAAGAACCAUGUGCUGCUGUUGGCCCACUCACCCUUCAGGUGAGCAGGAUGAAGGUCCCAUAAACACACUGGAUUUAUAGUUAUCAGACCGAGACCCAGGAACAGACAUCAACCAGAACCACAAACACACUCCAUACAUUAUUUAUGUAAUAACUUCACAACUACCCUCCACUCUACUGACAGCUUGAACAAAGCCUGUCUGUCAUGGUGGGAGAGCAAGCUGGGCCUUACACCAAACAGCAUGAUCACAUCAAUAUCAGCACAUGGAACAGUUCAAACUAUCGAAAGUUAAUCAAAUUGAUCCUAUUCCAUCCAGUAUUUUCAGUUCAAAAAUGCACAUUAGUAUAAUAAAAAGUGAGUGGUCAGGAGUCCACAUCAAAUAUCCAUGUCUGUAUUUUAGUACUAUAUGAAAUGGUGCUCAGUUCCAAGGCUGCCUCUUCUAACAGGACAAUAAGAUGGUCUACACACAAAGACUGAAUUCCACAACUAAUAAGCUAGAGGUAUGAACAAGAUGUAACCAUUCUCUGAGUGAAACAGUGAUAUCCAAAUGUUGUCAAACUGGUGCUGAAAUGUUGCCUUGUGUAUUCCAAAUAAACUGUAUGUUUGAGGCAUA